AUGAGACAAUCGAUAGGCAAGCGAGUAAAGCCCAAUAUCUUUGUUCAAUCACCUGGUCAGAUCAUGGAAAACACCAUGCCACUCGGCUUCAUAAAGUCGCUUACCAAGCCAGCACAAUGGUGGAUCCAAAUACGUUAUCUCUACAGAACCUACGCCUCCUACACUCUCAUCAAGUCCAAGCUCAAGAAGCUCACUGGCGAGAAGUUCGUCUCCAAGGAGUUCGUUAAUCAAGCCAAGGACAUGUUCAAAACAUUGAACCAAUCGAUCCUCAGCGGUAACAUUGAUAAAGAGAUCACAACAGUCUACUUCCACUCUAUCCUCUCAGCUCAAUUCAAGAUGCAACCAAAGCAUAUCAAGGCAUUGUGGAGCGCCGAGCUCGACAAGCCACAGGCAAAGGACGUUGACUUCAAGGACAUCUACGUCUUUGAGAGAUGUCUGUCCAGCAUCCCAUCACAAUGGAAGAUAUGCGCGCAGGUCACUCCAACAACUGUCAACCCUGCCACUCAGAAGUAA